UGGGGAGGCCGGAGACCCUGGGCUGUCUUUGAAUGUUUGUUGCAGCUGCAAGGAAGGGGUCAGAGGAGGGGGCCCAACGCGCGGCCAACGCCUGGCCUUCCCGGAGGCCGCUCCGCGCCAUCUGUGCGGCGCCAGUUCCGGGGCAUUGCCCCCGGCCUCCCCGUGUUGUGCGGCUCUGGAUCUCCGCUCCGCAUAAACACCACGAUUUCGGCCCCUUGCCAAGGCCCCCUUCGCCCUCUCGUCCCAUAAGAGAUUUCCAGAUGUCAAAAAUUUUUGACUGAUUUUAAGCAUUUGUCUCUCUUUAGCUGUCUGUUUGCAUUCUGAUUGGGAACAUUGGGAUCACAUUCAUCAUGCCAACAGUGGUGGUAAUGGACGUGUCCCUUUCCAUGACCCGACCUGUGUCGAUCGAGGGGUCCGAGGAAUAUCAGCGCAAGCACCUGGCAGCCCAUGGUUUGACGAUGCUGUUUGAACACAUGGCCACAAAUUACAAGCUUGAGUUCACAGCUCUGGUGGUUUUUUCAUCCCUCUGGGAGCUGAUGGUUCCCUUCACAAGAGAUUAUAAUACCCUACAGGAAGCACUAAGUAACAUGGAUGAUUAUGAUAAAACCUGCUUGGAGUCUGCAUUAGUUGGUGUUUGCAAUAUCGUUCAGCAAGAAUGGGGUGGUGCAAUUCCUUGUCAGGUUGUUCUGGUGACGGACGGCUGUCUCGGCAUCGGCAGAGGGUCACUGCGGCACUCCCUAGCUACUCACAGCCAGCGCAGUGAGAGCAACAGGUUCCCACUGCCUUUUCCUUUCCCGUCCAAGUUGUACAUCAUGUGCAUGGCAAAUCUGGAGGAGCUUCAGAGCACUGAUUCCUUGGAUUGCCUUGAACGUCUCAUAGAUUUAAACAAUGGUGAAGGGCAGAUUUUUACUAUUGAUGGUCCCCUGUGCUUGAAAAAUGUACAGUCUAUGUUUGGAAAACUGAUAGAUCUGGCAUACACACCUUUCCACGCUGUCCUCAAGUGUGGCCACCUAACUGCUGAUGUGCAAGUUUUCCCCAGGCCAGAACCUUUUGUUGUAGAUGAAGAAAUUGAUCCUAUCCCUAAAGUCAUUAACACAGAUUUGGAAAUAGUGGGAUUUAUUGACAUUGCUGAUAUUUCAAGUCCCCCAGUUCUGUCCAGACAUCUGGUCCUACCUAUAGCACUUAACAAAGAAGGUGAUGAGGUGGGUACUGGUAUAACUGACGACAACGAAGAUGAAAAUUCAGCCAAUCAGAUCGCAGGCAAAAUACCCAACUUUUGUGUCCUGCUCCACGGCAGCCUGAAAGUGGAAGGAAUGGUGGCAAUAGUCCAGUUAGGUCCCGAAUGGCAUGGAAUGCUCUACUCCCAAGCUGACAGCAAGAAGAAAUCAAACCUCAUGAUGUCUCUCUUUGAGCCUGGCCCAGAACCUCUCCCAUGGCUAGGGAAAAUGGCACAGUUGGGUCCUAUUUCAGAUGCGAAAGAAAACCCUUAUGGUGAGGAUGAUAAUAAGAGCCCAUUCCCCCUGCAGCCCAAAAACAAACGCAGUUAUGCCCAGAAUGUGACUGUCUGGAUCAAACCCAGUGGCCUGCAGACAGAUGUACAGAAGAUUUUAAGAAAUGCAAGGAAACUACCUGAAAAAACACAGACAUUCUAUAAGGAGCUGAACCGUUUACGAAAGGCCGCCCUGGCCUUUGGUUUCCUAGACCUGCUCAAAGGGGUGGCUGACAUGCUGGAAAGGGAGUGCACCCUGCUGCCCGACACAGCCCAUCCCGACGCCGCAUUCCAGCUGACCCACGCCGCCCAGCAGCUCAAGCUGGCCAGUACCGGCACCUCCGAGUACGCCGGGUAUGACCACAACAUCACACCUUUGCAGACAGACUUCUCCGGGAGCAGCACUGAGAGAAUGUGAGGCUGACUUUGGGAGCCUUUCUUCUUUUUUCAAAUGAAAACAACUUAGGGUAAAAACUUUUCCAGUCUGUUCACCUCUGCAGUAGCUACGCUAAGACCUUCCUGAAGCUGCCUCAGAAACACACUUGCAGACUCAGGUUGGUCUGAGAAGGGGUCUGCGGGGGUGGGUGGCUGCUCAGGCUUUGACUUCAGCUUUCUGGAGCUCGGUCUUUAAGCUCAAAAGACAACCAUUGCUCCCACAAUGGGCACAUCUCCUGAGAAGCUUGAAGGACUGACGAGCAUCUCCCCACCUUCCUCAGGAAAACCUAACCGCCUGGUUUCUCUGCCUUCCUCAAAGACCUCUUCACUCUUCUCCCAACCAUUUCCAAGCUUCUCUGCUUGGGAUGAGCAACCCAGGCUGUCUGGGACUUGUCAGGUACAAGCCCAACGUCACUAAGUUUCAGAAUUUCUGUAGAACUUGGGCAAAAACUUGGUGGUAACCCUUAGGUGCUUUUGGUGUAUCUGGAGAUACAAACUUUUAAACAGCAACCAUAAAUGUAUAAAGUGAUUCACCUAUCUUCAAAACUUUUUUUUAUGAAAAUAAAAUACUUGAUUUUCUAUAAAAUGGUUUCACUGGGAAA